AUGGGUACACAAAAUACUUUAUUUGAAUUUAUUAAAACCAUUACUCCUUCAAAAGAAUAUAAUGAUAAAGAAAAAGAUCAAUUACUCCAAGAGAUUUUACCAUUAAUAAUUGGUAAAUUAGUUAAAAUUGGUGAUGAUAUUUUAAAAAGUACUGGAAAAAAUUCACAUGAUCAAUUUAUGCCACCAAAUAAAAAGUUACCAGCCAUUACUAUUAAAGAUUAUUUAUGUAGACUAAUGAAAUAUUCUCCAUGUUCAAAAGAAUGUUUUAUUUCAUCCCUUUUAUAUAUCGAUAGACUUUUAUUAGAAUGUGGCCUUUCCAUUAAUUCUUAUAAUAUUCAUAGAAUUUUAAUUACUACUUUACUAAUUUCAACAAAAUAUUUAGAUGAUAUAUUUUAUAAUAAUGAAUUUUAUUCACAAGUUGGUGGUGUUGGACUUAAAGAAAUGAAUACCUUAGAAUUGGAUUUCUUAAAACUUUUAAAAUUUUCAGCAUUUUGUCCAAUACCAUUAUUUAAUGAAUACCAAAAAGAGAUGGAGAAUACUAAAUCAAGAUUCUUACUUGGCCCAAAUCAUCCAAUAAAUCAAAUUAAUAUAAUAACCACAAUUAAUAAAUUACCAAUUUCAAUUAUAAAUAAUAGUUCGCCAUCAUCUUCGCCAAGAAAUUCUUCUUCAUCAAGUUGUAUUUCAACACCAUCAUCAUCGAAUCAAACUGUACCAAAUUCUCCAACAAAUGGUUCUGCAAUUGUUUCUUCUCCAAAUAUAAAUGUAAAUUCAAAUAAUGGCAAUACCGCUUCCGUUGUUCCACAAUCAAAUGUAAUAAUUAAUAAUAGUAAUAAUAAUAAUAAUAGUAAUAAUAGUAAUAUUAAUACUAACAAUAAUAAUAAUAAUAAUAAUAAUAAUAAUAGUAAUAAUAGUAGUAAUAAUAAUUCCCCAAUAACUUUACCAAAUAAUAAUAAUAAUAAUAAUAAUAAUAAUAAUGGGUCAAAUAGUUUUAAUACGUUCCAAAGGCGUGGAAGUUGCGAUUAUGAAACCCGCUUGCCAUCUCAGACCAAUGAAAAGUCAACAUUCCAUACCAAUUGCGCCGCUUGA